AUGCCGCAGAAGUUGAAUUUGCCCGAAAAUAAUAACUAUGGUGAUGAAGAGAGGGUAUAUAUUUCUGAGAAUAACUGCGACUAUUUUAAAGAGAUGAGGACGCCGUACCUCGUGCACACGAACGGGACAACAAAGAUCAUCGUGCAGACCUCUUUUUACAACCAAACGUUCAUGACAACUAAGUGUUUGAACUCGAACUCCAGUACACCCGAUGGUGAGAAAUGCUUCAAAGGCAUUUUAAGUGGGGCAAGAGAAGGCAGCUGCAAGACCAAAUAUACAAGCAUUAUUGUGUAUGCAUACAAUGUAGCAAACAAGAAAAUCCAACGAGUACCCAUUGAGCUGCCUGUGUGCUGCUACUGCGGCAUCAAUUCAGAAUCUGAUUAGUUCCAACGGAGAAUACGUUUUUAAAUUUGAUUCUUAAUAAAACUAAAUAGUUAAUUAGACAUUAAUUGGUAUUUGUGAACCAGUGAAUAAAUUGAAACCAAAGAAUACGUUAUAAUAAGUAAUAAAUAUUAAGUAUCAAU